GGCGUGGCCCCCGGAGCAGCGGCGGCGGCAGCGGCGGCGGCGGCGGCGGGCUAGGAGCUGCAGCGCGGGUUGCGGGUUCGCGGCUGGGGUGGGCGCCGCGGGCCGGGACAGAGGGACCGACACCUGGAGCCAGACCGCAGCCCAGGACUUCGCGACCUAGAGGCGGCGCUGCUGCUGCGAGGCUCGGGCGCGCGCCCCGGCGGCACCGAGGACGGCCGGGAGGCAGGGCGCGGGCGCCGCGGGCCCGGACGCGCCAGAUGAUGGAUUUGGAUGUGCUUCUGUGAAGAGAUGCCACGUGUCUCUACUGGCCCAAGGACAAGCAUGUCCAGACAGCUGCCGCCUUAGGGGACGAGGGCGUGGUGACGGGGCUUCUGGGGACUCAGGCGUGCUCUGACCCAGGAACGGGAAGUCAUCCUCACCAAUGACAUCAUGACAGCCAGAGAGCACAGCCCUCGCCAUGGCGCCAGGGCCCGUGCGAUGCAGCGGGCUUCCACCAUCGACGUGGCAGGCGACAUGCUGGGCCUGUCUCUGGCAGGAAAUGUACAAGAUCCAGAUGAGCCCAUUUUAGAAUUCAGCUUAGCCUGCAGUGAGCUGCAUACUCCGUCACUAGAUCGAAAACCAAAUAGCUUUGUGGCAGUGAGCGUGACCACCCCACCCCAGGCAUUCUGGACGAAGCACGCACAGACGGAGAUCAUCGAGGGAACCAAUGAUCCUAUAUUUCUAAGCAGCAUUGCCUUCUUUCAAGACUCUCUCAUCAAUCAGAUGACACAGAUCAAGCUGUCCGUGUAUGAUGUCAAGGACAGAUCUCAGGGAACAAUGUACUUGCUGGGGUCCGGAACUUUUGUCGUCAAAGAUCUGCUCCAGGACAGGCACCAUAGGUUGUAUUUAACAUUAAGGUCUGCAGAGAGUGACCGCGUGGGCAACAUCACCGUCAUGGGCUGGCAGAUGGAGGAGAAGUCGGAUCAGCGGCCCCCAGUGACCCGGUCUCUGGACACCGUCAACGGGAGGAUGGUUCUGCCUGUUGACGAGAGCUUGACUGAGGCCUUGGGGAUCCGAUCCAAGUAUGCUUCGUUGCGAAAAGACACUUUACUGAAAUCAGUGUUUGGUGGUGCCAUCUGCCGCAUGUACCGCUUCCCGACCACCGAGGGCAACCACCUGCGGAUCCUGGAGCAGAUGGCAGAGAGCGUGCUGUCCCUGCAUGUGCCCCGGCAGUUUGUGAAGCUCCUGCUGGAGGAGGACGCAGCCAGAGUAUGUGAACUGGAGGAGCUGGGGGAGCUGUCCCCAUGCUGGGAGAGCCUCCGGCGCCAGAUUGUCACACAGUACCAGACCAUCAUCCUCACCUACCAGGAGAACCUGACCGACCUCCAUCAGUACAAAGGUCCCUCGUUCAAAGCAAGCAGUUUGAAAGCAGAUAAAAAGCUAGAAUUUGUUCCCACUAACUUACACAUACAAAGGAUGAGAGUUCAGGAUGAUGGAGGAGCAGAUCAGAACUAUGACAUCGUCACCAUUGGGGCGCCAGCAGCACACUGCCAGGGCUUCAAGUCGGGAGGGCUCCGCAGAAAGCUGCGCAAGUUUGAAGAGACCAAGAAGCACAGUUUUGAGGAGUGUUGCACAUCAUCCAGCUGCCAGUCCAUCAUCUACAUACCACAGGACAUCAUCAGAGCUAAGGAGAUCAUCGCCCAGAUCAACACCCUCAAAACCCAAGUGAGUUACUACGCCGAGCGGCUCUCGAGGGCGGCCAAGGACAGGUCUGCCACUGGCCUGGAAAGAACACUUGCCAUCUUGGCAGACAAGACCCGGCAGCUGGUCACUGUGUGUGACUGCAAGCUGCUGGCCACCUCCAUCCACGGGCUGAACGCCGCCCGGCCUGACUACAUCGCCUCCAAAGCCUCGCCCACCUCGACCGAGGAGGAGCAGGUGAUGCUGCGGAAUGACCAGGACACCCUCAUGGCUCGGUGGUCGGGCAGGAACAGCCGGUCUUCUCUGCAGGCGGAUUGGCACGAGGAGGAGUGGGAGAAGGUGUGGCUGAAUGUGGACAAGAGCCUGGAGUGCAUCAUCCAGCGGGUGGACAAGCUGCUGCAGCGCGAGCGCCUGCAGGGCGAGGGCUGCGAAGACGGCCUCCCGGGCGCCGGCAGCGGCUCCAGCCGGAAAGGUAACCGGGGCAGCCAGGCCUACUGGAUCCGACCGGAGGAAGUCCUCUGCGAUGCCCCCUCCUCGCCAUGCCCCUCCGCUGCAUGCUGCCCUCACCCGACCACAUCCACAUAUUGCAGCCCCCCUCCUGAAGAGUCCAGCCCAGGUGAGUGGAGCGAGGCCCUGUACCCACUGCUGACGACCCUCACCGACUGCGUGGCCAUGAUGAGCGACAAGGCCAAGAAGGCAAUGGUCUUCCUGCUCAUGCAGGACAGCGCGCCCACCAUCGCCAGCUUCCUGAGCCUGCAGUACCGCCGCGACGUGGUCUUCUGCCAGACGCUGACGGCGCUCAUCUGCGGCUUCAUCAUCAAGCUGAGGAACUGCCUGCACGACGAUGGCUUCCUGCGGCAGCUCUACACCAUCGGGCUGCUGGCACAGUUCGAGAGCCUGCUUAGCACCUAUGGGGAGGAGCUGGCCAUGCUGGAGGACAUGAGCCUUGGGAUCAUGGACUUGAGGAACGUGACCUUCAAAGUCACUCAGGCCACUUCUAAUGCAUCCACUGACAUGCUGCCUGUCAUCACAGGAAAUCGGGAUGGCUUUAAUGUGCGGAUCCCGCUGCCGGGCCCCCUGUUCGAUGCGCUGCCCCGGGAGAUCCAGAGCGGGAUGCUGCUGCGGGUGCAGCCUGUGCUCUUCAACGUGGGCAUCAACGAGCAGCAGACGCUGGCCGAGAGGUUCGGCGACACAUCUUUGCAAGAAGUUAUCAAUGUGGAGAGCUUGGUGCGGUUAAAUUCCUACUUCGAGCAGUUUAAGGAAGUUCUGCCUGAGGACUGUCUACCUCGAUCCCGGAGCCAGACAUGCCUGCCAGAGCUGCUGCGGUUCCUGGGUCAGAACGUGCACGCCAGGAAGAACAAGAACGUCGACAUUCUGUGGCAAGCCGCUGAGGUCUGCCGCCGCCUCAACGGGGUCCGGUUCACCAGCUGCAAGAGUGCCAAGGACCGCACGGCGAUGUCGGUGACGCUGGAGCAGUGCCUGAUCCUGCAGCACGAGCACGGCAUGGCCCCACAGGUGUUCACACAGGCCCUGGAGUGCAUGCGCAGCCGCCAAUGCUGUUCCAGGCUCGUUUCCCAGUCACUUCUGCUGAGUGUUCUGUCCCAUUUGUCCUCUCACCAGACUCUUCAGAGCGUUUGACUCUCUUAUCCUUUCUGUGUCUCUGCCGUUUGACCUUCUCACAGUCAUACGCAAGAGCGAGGCCUGAGUGCCUGCCUCCUGACAGGAGCGUUUAGUGAAAAGCCAACGGUUUUGUCCUGUUCAGUCUUUCCAAGUUCCCCCAAACCUCGUGACCUCAGGGCCACUUACCAACGCACUUUUAGAAAGUUCUCCCUCUCCCUGCCUUGGCGUCCCCGGUGCCAUCGGCUGCGAGGUGGUGGGAAGGACUCCUCUGGUGAGACGCAGGCCCCCGGCAGCAAGGAAGCGAGGAAGACGGAGGGGGCUCAGCUGUCACUGUCAGAGUGUCUGGUCCAUCAGAGACCAGGCCUGAGGUGGGAGUACAGUUGAUACCGCUCCAUCCAGGCCUCCACACAGGCUGGUUUCUUGAACAUGUUUGAGGAAACAGUAGUUGAUCCUGACAGCCUCUGAGCGCAGGGGCCUCAGGAGGCCAGGGGGCACGUGGCUCCUUAGACAUGCACGUGGGCAGCCGGCCGAGGGGCUGUGUGGCACUGCCCGCCCAGCACAGGUGGCCUGGGGCAGCUUCUGACACGCAGGCACUCUCACACCUUUCAUCACGUGGGCGAGUGAUAGUCCUUGAGGGAAAACUGGAGAAUACAAACGAGCCCCUACUCCCGUGCUUUCAUACCCACCCCACACCCUACAGAGCAGCUCUCCACGUGCUUGCUGUUACGAGGAACAGUGCUAAUAACAUCUUGACACAUAGCUUAGAGCCAGUUACGUACAUACAUAUGGCUGUGAGCGUGGUUAACCCGCACACUGGCUAACUCCGCCAGUCCCUGAGUAGCACAGAGAGCGCGUGCACAGAUACGUGCAGUUGCAGGUGUGAUUCCACCCUGGCUAAGAAGCCUGCCAUUCUCACUUGACUGUCUUGUGAGCAUUUUGGAGGGUUAAUAAAUGGAGGUCUUAUCGGGGCUUCCCUCAUAUCUCAGUCUGUAAAGAAUCCGCUUGCAAUGCAGGAGACCCGGGUUCAAUUCCUGGGUUGGGAAGAUCCGCUGGAGAAGGGAUAGGCAACCCACUCCAGUAUGCUGGCCUGGAGAAUUCCCUGGACUGUAUAGUCCAUGGGGUCACAAAGAGUUGGACAUGAGUGAGCGGCUUUCACUUUCACUGGAAGUCUUACCGUUUGUAGCACACUGUCAUUUAUCCAGCUUACUGUCAUUGAACUGUUGAUAACGGUGCCAUGUCAGCACUCUGAACAGGGGUGCAGCGAACACCCUUGUUUCCCUGCCCACGUCUGCCCUGCUGACACCUCUGUAGGGCCGUUCGCAGACUCACAGCGCUCCCAGACCAGGCAGCCGCCCGCCCUCCGCGCUGUCACCCCUGGCCCCGUCUGAGCGCCCGGGCCUGGGGCGCCGGCCGUCCCCCUGCUUUAGGGUAGGGACCCUGAGGCUCCGAGGGGAGGGCCCUCCUCCCAGGGGCAGGCCUCACUGCAUGGCCUGCCUCUGCUUCUUGGAAACCCCCGCCUGCCUCCAGUUAUGAACGUCCUGUUUCUUCUUUGUGUUCUAAAUUUUAUAAAAUCUUCAUGGUCAGUGUGUGUUACCUUAACACUUGUUUAAGAAGUUGGUGAAGACAGCUCGCCUCUGCCGCCCCCGGGGUCCUCACGGCUCCGGCCCCAGGUGCCGUGCUCGCCGCCACCCCGUCUGCCUGACCUGUAGGCUCGGGCUGUGUGCGUCUGUUUCCAUGUCACGGUGACCCCUCCUCCUGUUUUCUGGGUUAUCCCGUGUCGGCAGACGUGUCUGUUCAUAGGCUGCAGGUCCAAGGUGGCGGGCCCGUAGCUGGUGUUUCUGGCUGUGGCGUGGCCAGGACCUGGGGUCAGCCCGGCACCCUAAGGAGGUGGCAGGAGCUGUGUCUGUGCCUGUCGGUGGUCCCCUUGCUUUCCCGCUUGCGUCUUACGCGAUGGAAGAGCAGAGCAUGCAGCAGGGGUGGGGCGGGUGCAGCUGGGCUGGAGGACACCCAGGCUGUCCAUGUCCUGGAGGCCCAGGGUGAGCAGUGGCCAGCGCUGUGCUAAGUGUUCGAUAACUGGCUCUCUCCCAAAACAAAACCAACUACCCCCAAAGUGACCUGUUUGGUCUUCCCAUUUCUACAGCAUAAACACUCUCACUGGGGCCUGCUUCAGGCUGCCGAGUGACCCUGGGGAGCUCGGAAGAGAUGUGCCUGCUUGGCUCAUGCCACUGGAGCCAAUUCCAGCUCACCACCCGUGCUGCCCUGCUGUCCCCAGCGCAGGGGCUGGAGUCCAGAAUCGGCCUUUCUAGGCAGCCCAGUGACCCCUGAGACUGCCCUGGCUGGGGACGUGGCCACCAGUGCUCACAGCCGGAAGUGUUCACAGUCACGUGGCAUCCGGGCUCCUCCAGGAACCUCCCCCCCGAGCUCUGCUUCUGUAGCUCCAAAGGGGGACGCACCGAGUUUCCAGUGAGCUGGGCUCUUGGUAGAUGGUGUCUGGUAGAACAAGGCGCCCUGCCACUGCUCAGCCUGAAAGCCACAGUGGGUCCCUUGUGGGCUCUGCCUCCAGGGCAACCUGAGGGAAGCGGGUGUCAUCUGGGUGCUUCAUCAGGAGGCAGCCGUGGCGAAAUCAGUUGCAUCCUGCCAUUCAGGCAUCUGUGAGAAGGUCAAACGCCCCAAUGGUUCUUCAUGUUCAGCCUGCUUUCUGGAGUCCACGUCCAGCCGCAUGUGCGAGCAUGGCCAGGCAGCAUGGCGUGUGCUUGGCAGCCCCGGGAGCGAACAUGGAAAACCAUCUAGUCAGCCUACAC